GACCAGGAAGUGAUGCGGAGCAUUGUACAGGUAUGGGUAAAAGACUCUGGAAUCACUGCAGUUCCUGUCACUAGUUAAAAUGAUUGGCUACCAUUAGUGACGCAGAAAAGGAUAUAGAAGGAUGGUAUAAAUUGUGGGGAAAAACCACUUUCAUUUGGAGAGCAGCCGAAGUUUGAGGAAAACCGGACAAACCCAGUAUCUCCAGUCAAACUGAACCUGUAUUUGGGCCACAGCAUGACACAACAAGUGGAUAAAAGGUGUUUGCACUAUCAGGUUACUAAAAUAUAAUCUUAAAACUCUAUCAGUACUUGGAUUGAUGGUAGUGUUAGCCGUCUUCUCUGGACUUGGAGACACUAAAGAGAAGUCAGAGGAUGCGAUCCUAUACAACACAACACACAGUAACGCAGGAAGUGGAGAGGAACCGCGAGUUUUGGCUAUUCAAAGGCCCUGCGGUCCAGAACAUGAGGGAUUCUGUGUCAACGGUGCGUGUUCCUACUCCUCUGACCUGCACACCCCCAUCUGCCGGUGUGACAAAAUGUAUAGCGGUGUGCGCUGUGAACAUGUUAUUUUGGACACCCAACAACUGUCUAGUCCUGAAGAAGUCAUUGGAAUUAGCUGUGGUGUAGUUUUAUUACUGGGAAUCAUCGUCGGACUGAUGUACUGCUGUUUAAAGAAAAGGUGUCGGAAGUCAUCACCACCCUACAAGAACUAUGGCUCUGAAAACUCUGUUUAAUUUAUUGGGCCAGAUAUAAUUCAUGCUCUUAAAUAAAGUGCUUUUAGGCCUAAGACAAGAAGGAGGACAAAAUAUCAAGACCGAUUCUACCAGCAAGACAGGCCAGACUGUGGAGUAGAGACACUACACCCUCUAGAGGACGGAUGGAAAAUGGCAAGGAAACACUUUGUGAAACUUUGCAAAUCUCCAUGUUCCACAAAGGACACAUUAAUCAAUGUAAUGUAUUACAAUAGCUGUCACAAUGGGAAAAUGCAGGUUGUUCAAAACAAUUAUUUUAUAUUAAUUACAAGUUAUACUAUAACUUGGGCACUGUAAAGUAAAAAUAAUUUACUAACAUUUAAAAACUGCAUGUAGAUUGCAUGCAUUUUUGUUUAUCCAUAAGCAAAUGUCCUAGGUUGCCUCCGUUAUGAAUGUAUUAUGUAAGUGCACAUUGGUAUUUAUUGCUCAGCUAUAAACAUGAUAAUACUAAAUAUAAAAACUAAACUGUGCGAAUGUACUUGUAUCAGAUAUUUAU